UCUCUCUGGAGGCAGUUUUUGACUUGACCACAUGAGUGAAACAUUUUGAGGAUGAUCCCUCGUGCAGAAAUCAAAAUCAACAUGGUUGGUUGAGUUCUUAGCGAUUGCUAUUGUUACACUAUUUCAGUAUUUCCACGCAAAGUAAAGACUUGGACUUGGACUUAGAAAAGUCCGUUUGGAAAUUGUGGCAACCAUGAUUAUGACGUAAGAACUUGGUCGUGGUCAAACUAAGCAACUGGUCUGCAUUCUAUUCUAUAUCCAUGAAAAAUCUGCAGAAGUACUAAUGCAUCAAAAGUGAGCGCUUCAUCCAUUGCGGUUCAUCCAAAGAUGAAACCAAUGUCAUUAGACAUCCUGAUCAUUUUCCUACUGUUCCUCUUCUCACUGAAAUGCAACGCAAAAACAGAAGCAGAAGCACUUCUGACAUGGAAGUCUAGCUUGUUCAAUAUUCCUCAAUCUCUGAGCUCAUGGAGCCUGACCAACGCCACCAACCACUGCCAUUGGUUUGGCAUCACCUGCAACUCGGCUGGUGGCAUAGUUGAGCUCAACUUGCCAAACUGCAGCCUUAGUGGCACUCUUGACGAGCUAGACUUUACCUCUCUAUCAAAUCUCACCAAACUGAACCUCAGCAAAAACAUGCUGUUUGGUUCAAUCCCUCAAAAGUUCUCCGCUCUCUCCAAGCUCAUUUCACUGGAAAUGGGCUACAAUCAUUUCGAAACUUCAAACUUCUCCGAGUUCAAAACAAUGCCAACAUUGACAUACCUUUCACUCCGAUCAAACAACUUUCCGGUAAUGGAAUUCCCAUCCUUCAUACUCAACUGCACCAAUCUAACUGUCCUUGAUCUAUCAGUUAAUGAGUUCAAGGGAACAAUACCUGAUUCCCUUGGAACCAAUCUGGUUAAACUUCAGUACCUGAAUCUCUCCUUCAACUCAUUCUCUGGGUUGAUACCUUCAAGUAUACACAAUCUUGUUCAUCUCCGAAAAAUGAUCCUCAUUCAUAAUCAAUUAAGCGGCCUUAUCCCUGCGGAGAUAGGAAACAUGACUUCACUAGAGCAGUUAGACAUGAACGGUAACUCUUUGGAGGGGAAGCUACCAAGCACCAUGUCCCAGCUUGAGAACCUAAUGUAUCUAGAUUUAUCCUACAAUUACAAUUUAACUGGUAGCAUCCCUACGGGUCUUGGCAAGGGGGGUCUACUCCAUUUUGCCAACUUCUCAGGCAACGGGUUCUCUGGGGAGCUGCCGGAGUCUCUGUGUAGUGGAUUCAAGCUAGAGUACCUUGAUGUGGGCUAUAAUAACUUCGAUGGAGCACUGCCAUCUUGGUUGCGCAACUGCACCGAAUUAAAACAAAUAGUUUUGAGUGGCAACUAUUUCAGUGGGAGCCUGCCAACGGACUGGGGACACUGCACCAGCUUGACGUCCUUCAUUAUUGAUGCCAAUAAUAUAUCUGGUGUGAUUCCAAAGGAAUUUGGUAACAUGACAAACCUGCACUACCUCAGCUUAGCUUCAAACUCCCUGAUAGGGGUGAUUCCAAAGGAACUUGGUAACUUGACAAGCCUGCAACAGCUGAGCUUAGAUUUGAACUUCCUGACAGGGGAGAUUCCAAAGGAAUUUGGCAACAUGACAAGCCUGCAACACAUGAACUUGGCUUCAAACUCUCUGACAGGGGAGAUUCCGAAGGAGUUGGGUAACAUGACAAGUCUUCAAGAGCUGAGCUUAGCUUCAAACUCUCUGACAGGGGAGAUUCCAAAGGAGUUGGGUAGUAUGACAAGCCUUCAAGACCUGAGCUUAGCUUCAAACUCCCUAAGAGGGGAGAUUCCAAAGGAGUUUGGUAACAUGGCAAGCCUGCAAAACCUGAGCUUAGCUUCAAACUUUCUGACAGGAAUGAUUCCAAAGGAGUUUGGUAAAUUGACAAGUCUGCAACACCUGAACUUAGCUUCAAACUCGCUGGAAGGGAAUAUUUCAAAGGAAUUUGGUAACAUAACAAGCCUGCAAGACUUGAGUUUGGCUUCAAACUUCCUGACAGGGGAGAUACCAGAUGAGUUGGGAAACUUGAGCUCGUUACAGAGUCUCGAUCUCAGCAACAAUAGUUUAUUUGGCCAUAUCACAUGAAUUAGCCGCAUGAAUCAGCUCUCUUAUCUCUUUUUGUCAGGAAACAAAUUAUCAGGACAAAUCGCAUUAGCGUUGGGACAAUCCAGCGGGUUAUUAGAACUUGACCUUAGCCAUAACUUGUUAGAGGGUCAUAUACCUUCAACAAUUGGUGGCAUGAUCAACCUGGUGAAUCUUAACUUGUCUGCAAACAAACUCUCUGGUGAGCUAUCAGAGAAUCUUGGUGAGCUCGAUAACUUACUGCUGUUGGAUUUGAGCAGCAAUGAAUUAUCUGGAUCAAUACCCUCCA